AUGGAAAUUGAAGAUGGAAGAGCAAUAGGAUGGUUUGAUGACAAGCCUGCAAAGCAUUGGAGUAGAUCCCAUUUUAGGACUACAUCAAAAUGUGAUAUCUUGUUGAAUAAUAUGUGUGAGUCUUUUAACAGUGUAAUAUUAAGUGCAAGAGAUAAACCAAUAUUGACUAUGAUGGAGAGGAUUAGGACAUAUCUGAUGGUGAGAAUGGCAAGAAUGAGAGAGACUGCAGAUAAGUGGACUUGUGAUGUUGGCCCUAGAGUGUUUAAAAUUGUUGAGAAAAACAAAUUAGAAAGUGGUUCUUGCAUUCCUUGUCUUGCUGGUGAUAAGAAGUAUCAAGUGAGGCAUAUUAGUGGGGCACAGUUUGUGGUGGAUUUGACAGCCCACACUUGUUCAUGUAGGAGGUGGGAUCUCACUGGAAUUCCUUGUUCUCAUGGCAUUUAUGCAAUAUACAGAAGAUAA